AUGGACUCAAUAAAAUUACUUCAACAGCGGCCUUGCCUGAACCCAACGGAUGACCAAGCGAUCGAUAAGCCCUGCAAGUCGGGCGACAAUCAGUUUCUCCCAGAGAAGGAGGACAGAAAACUGAUCAUUCGAUAUGACUUAGGGUCAUAUUCUAGCUUGCCCUACUCAUGGAUCAUAUGGAUGCUAACUUCGACUGAGCAGGCAGCGACGCCCACGCCGCUGUUAACGGCAGCGCAGCAGCAGCUGGCAGCAGCUCCAGGAAAUCAGCUGGAAUUCUUUGAAGGGCGUUGCACAGUGAUAAGCCAAUCCAAAGCACGCAACUGUUUGCGUGCCAAUAAAUAA